UAAUCACGUACGUAACGCGUGGUGGUUUGGCGCCAGCAGAUUUCGCGGGGCAUCCCCAGCACAGUGAGGUGAACAGCAUAAGCACUAAACAGAAAUAAUCCCAGUUACCGGCUGCAUCGACAGGUCCAGGCGGCCGAGUCCGGAGUGAGGUGACGGUAGAGAGAGCAGUAGUCCAGCGCAGGGAAGUGAAGCGUCUCUGGGCUUUCAUGGUGGGUCCUUAUCACAUCUGACAAGUAGGAGGAGAGCACACAGAGUCGGUGUGGUGGCCAGCAGUGGUAGCAGGCAGAGUCGUGUUCCUCAGCUGUGGGGACUGGAGGGUGACGUAGCUGGGCGCACGGCUGUGUGAGCUUCUCUGUCAGAGGCGUCGAGAAGGUGAAGAAUAAUGAUGGCGACUUCAGGGCCUCCUAGCACCUCCAGCUUCCUCCCUCUGUUGGAGACUCUGGAGGACAGUACAGCUGGACAGUCGGAGCAGACAGACGCCUACCUGACCAUCGCCAAUCGGCUCAGUGGAGAGGAAGGCCGCCAGUUUCUCCCAGCAGUAGAAAAUAACUUUUCACGUUUGGGUAAAGUCAUACUGACCCACACCAGCAGUCCAAACACAGAGCUGAGCCAAGCUGCCUUACAGGCUUUAGGGUUCUGUGUGUACCAUUCUCAGGUGGUUUCUGGAAUCUCUGAGGUCUUUGCAGCACAAAUACUGUCAGCACUUUGCUCCUUGGUGACGAAGUCGACCGAUAAGAACACCUGUACCAGAGCCUUAUGGGUGAUCUCCAAACAGAGCUUUCCUGCAGAUGUAGUUGGCAGAAAUGUUCCGACUUUGCUGGGUUCUUUGGAGGGUGUGUGGAACAGGGAGGACAUCCAGUCUACAGUAAUGGAGCACGAAGCCCUGAAUGUGGUCAUCAGGAUGCUAGAGCAGGCACCAACACAAAUGUGUGACGGAGCAGUGCGGUGGGUGAAGCUGGUCAUCCCACUGGUGGUGCACUCCGCCUCCAAGGUGCGUCUACGCGCUGCUGCAGCCUUGGAGAUGGGCAUGCCUCUGCUGCUGACCAAACAGAAGGAGGUGGCUGCCGUCAUCGAACCAUUGAUGUCUACAAAACUGAUCCCAGAGCUGCAGAAGCUCUUUAUGUCCAAGAAUGAAACCAACGUCCUGAAGCUCUGGCCUUUGUUUGUGAAGCUCCUCGGAAAGCUGCUGCACAAAGGAGGUCCUUUCAUCAACUCUCUGCUGCAUCUGGAGGAGCUUGGUUUCCGCAGCUCUUCUCCCACCAUCAAGAAGAUUGCCUUCAUUGCCUGGAAGAGCCUCAUCGAUAACUUUGCUCUCAACCCAGAUAUCCUGUGUAGCUCCAAACGCAUAAAGCUCCUCAUGCAGCCACUGACAUCCAUCCAUGUCAGAACAGAGGCCCUCCUGCUAACCAAGGUUGAAGUGUGGUGGUAUCUCAUUGUGCAGCUGGGACCCAAUCUGUCCUCCAACUUUGAUCAGGUUUCCGUGCCUCUGCUCCAGUCAGCCAUCGGAUCUGGUUCAUCCUCUAUUCCUAAUACUCCUUCUCGAGCCGUCAGUCAAAACGGAGCCAUGUUACCCAGCACGCCAAAAUCAGGCAACGUGAGCUUCAACACUUCGGCCAGCACACCUCGAAUGGACCUAAACUCCAGCAUGCAGGCUUCAGGCAGCUUCUCCUCUAUUCAGCUGCUGGGGCUGGAGAUGCUGCUUCACUACUUGCUGGGACCAGAGGUUGUUGCUGCUGCAACAAAGAACAAGCUCAUAUUAAAUCUGGAACCUCUGAACCACCCGCUCCUGUCUGGUGCACCGUCCUUCAUGAAACACGCUGCUGUGCUCAUCUCCAGCAUCAGAGAUGGCUUCACCAACAUCGGCAAAGAUGCUCCAGAGCCGGUGUUGGCCGUCAUAUGGACCAGUCUUGUCCAGUUUGUCAGUUUCACUAUAGAGUCAGCAGGCAGUAAGAAGGAGCGCCAGGGCUGUGAGGUGCUUACCCUGAUGCUUCAGGCACUGCAGAGUAUCGUCGCCUCAGAGGCUCUGUCUGCAGACAAAUGCCUGAUUUUGUUAGAGGCCACAGUGAAAGGUCUGCCUCAGAGAGUUCUCGGCUCCGCUUCCUAUCAAGUGGGCAAGAUGGAUGUGCUGAAUGGUACCCCAGCUCUAUUCCUCAUCCUUCUCCUCUUCAACAGCAGCAAGCUUCCAGCCUACGUAGAGGAUGAGAGGUUCUUUCAUUGCCUGCAGACUCUAGUCUCAUACGGCCUGUCUGGACCCACUUCUCCUCUAGCAUUUGCUGAGGCCGUGCUGGGUGCCAUGAGCAGCUGUGCAGGGUCUCUGCAGAACAAGGAGCAGCUGUGGAGGAUGUGGAGUUUAAUAGUUGGCCCUCUGACUGACACAAUCACACAGUCUAAUGAAGUUAACCAAGGUGAUGCUCUGGAGCACAACUUCAGUGCAAUGCAUUCUGCGUUGAUGUUCCCUGUCACACACCUCCUCCACGGCACUCUGCUCCAGCAGGUGUCCCAGAAGUCCAUGCUGUCCUCCUGGUUGAAGUUGUACAGAGUUUUCGCUCGCUGCUCUGCUCUGGUGGUCACAGCUGAAGAAAACAUCUGCUGUGAGGAGCUCUGUGUGAAGAUGGCUGCAGCAGUAGACAGAGAGGCGCUGAUGGUUCCUUCAACAUUAAACACUGUCUCCAGUAUCCUGCAUGUCAUGGUGGAGUGUGUGGACUUCUCUCCAUACACACCUCACUUUCAACAGAAGCUGAAGUUUCCUCACACUCCUGUGAACUGGACGCGGAAACAGAGCAAAGCCAUGGGGAAUCUGUCUACGUUCCUCUCCCUGCUGGUGCAGUGUCUGCAGGUUUACCUCGAGGCCCCAGAGGCUUCCCCUGAGACGGCGGGCUCAGUGCUGGUCUCCGUUGUGUCCGCUCUCCUUACCAACCUUGUCCUCGGCAAUGCCAUCACGGAGGCCCUAAACGCUCUGAUUCAGCCCCUCAUGCUCUUUUAUAAGCCUGCUGCAACCGAGACCACUAAAUUCUCCAUUCACCUUGAGGGAAAGCUGGAAAAACUUCUCUGUGAGGUCCUUGGCUGCCUGCAGUCGCGCUCCACCCUAACCUACAAUAAUGAGCUGCUAGCACUACUGUCACCUCUGCUUUGUGUGGUGUUCCCACACAAGAACAAGCAUCUGCGCACGGUGGUCACACAGUUCUGGAACGCCACCUUUGCCAACACAGUCAGCCUUGAAUAUCCUGAGGAGAUCAGGCCAGUACUGAGCCAAGUGAAACAGAAGACUCCGAUCAUUCUUCCAGGCUUUGAGGCCAUCAGUGUUCCUGAUGAGUUCAGUGAAACCUGUUCUAGUGAGAGCUCUCAGCUGGAGACAAAGCUCAGUGGGAUGCCCAUUAGUUCUACUGGGAAGAGGGACUCCACGCUCAAUAAACCUGAGCUGAAGGACAGGAGAUCCACAAAGACAUCCAAGCCAGUUUCAACAAAGCUGGACUUUGGCUCCCCCAAACCUCCACGUAGGGAGGUUCUGGAAGAAGAGGCUUCAAUCGACUUUGUCUUCAUCCCUCCUGAGACAAAGGAAAGGGUUCUGACUGAGCACCAAAAGGAGGUGAAAAGAACCAAAAGGGUUGAUAUUCCCGCCAUGUACAACAACCUUGACGCUUCUCUGGACACAACAGUAUUCAGUCAGUACACGCAGAGCCAGGACAACUCUUCGGACGAAGUUCCAACCAAAGAAGUGGACGCUGCCAUUACAGAGGGACCCAGUGAGACAGAAGAGAAAUCCAGUGAAGAUGCUGAAAUUCUUUCAAAAGAAACUCAAGACUAUGCCAGCCCCCGAGAUGACGAGAAAACGUCAGAACUUCAGCCAGAGGAGGAGAGCAUCCCAGACUCUGCAAAUGUUUCUCUGGAUGAUCCUACUAAAUGCACUGAGGGAACUGAAGACAUCAACAUGGAAUCAACGGACAGCCCAAGUCCAAACAUGUCUGCUUCUUCUGAUUUGGUCUCGGGGACUCCUCAGAAACCCAGCAGCCGGCGGCAGUCAUUUAUUACCUUGGAGAAGUAUGGCGAGGGAAAGCCUGCCAGUCCCAGUAGUGUGUCCUCAUUUAUAGGUCCUCUUGUAAAAACAUCUACCAGUCAAGAUCUCUCUAGUGCUAAAAAGAUAUUGUCUUCUGAAGCCUCACAGACAUCCAUAGAUCCAAACUCUCAGGUUUCCACUCCUUUAGGAAAGGUUGGUCCACAGUGUCCUGGAAGUGAGUCUCCUCGAAGGCCUAAAGAGUCCAGGUUAAAAAGUGAGCCUGUAAGACUGAUUGAGAGACUGCAAAGUGACUCAGUAGAAGAUGAAGAUGUUAUCCCUGACACACAGACAAAAGAAGAGGAUAGAGAAAUCACUAGUUACUCAGAAGAAAUGAAUUCUUUGAGUCAGGAUGAGGAAUCUGAACCAGUGCUAGAUGAUUCCCAGUCAUCUCUGACGCCUUCAGAUGAACCAAGACGAUCCAGCCGUCACAGAGUAAGACCUCAACUCCCUGGAGAAGACCCAGAGGAACGUGAGGCAAAAUACACACAUGUAAAAAGAAGAUCUUCUGGAGAAGAUAGAAAAAGUGAAUCUUCUAAUUCAGCAGUGGGCAGACCGAACACAAGAAGUAAGCUGGCUGCCAUGGAGAACAGCACCAGAGACAGACUGCGAUCAAAAUCUCAGAGCAACUCCAGUGAAUCCAGCCCAAGUAACACUCGGGGAAGACCUCGAAAGAAGAUCAAACUUUACAGCCUUUCAGAGGACCUUCUUAAGUCUCCUGAGCGCAAAAUGAGAAGCAUCAGUGAGCUGAAUUCCAAUCAGACUGGCAUCAAAUCAGAAACACUCCCCAUUCGUCAAAGCCAAAUGCAAAGAAGGGAUGAUCAGAUAAGCAUGGCCUCAAAGGAGGCUGGUGAGGCUGAAAGGGCCAAAGAAGUGUCCAGCCAGACUGUUAAUGAGGGUAUGGUAAAUCUGACUAAGGAAGAUGAUGCUCAUCCAAACACAGACUCCCAAACAGUUGUACCUUUGGCUCAGACUGAACAGCCUGAAGAGGUAAAGCCUGAAGAUGAUGAGAGCCUAAAGGAAGAGCAAAAGGUUCUUGCAUCUUCUCCCCAAAGUAAAGGCAAAUUGCAAGAAAGAAUAGAUUCUAAUGCAGUCAUGUCUUCUCCACUAAAAAAGUCCAAAGAUGAAACUAGAAAAAGGCUAGAGAGUGAGAACAUGAUGGAAGACGACAUUAACACCAUAGAAGCUGUGACGGACAACUCUAGCCAGGAAGACUCUCUGGUCACACCUUCAUCUUCUGGCAGUCAGAUUAAACGUAGGUCCAGGCGGAGCAAAGCAUUAUCUGAGGCAGCAGAGUCUGAAGACAAAGACAAUGGUGUGAGCUCUUCAGGACAGUCUCAAACACUCACCCUUCCUGUGAGUCAGACUGAAGCUGUAGUUGGAGGCAGGACCAGGAGGAGUAAACCUGGUGAAUCUAAUCCAAGCUUGACCCCAGAAACUUCCCAGUCAUUAGAUGAAUCCGGAUCAGGGUCGUCUCAAGGUAGGGGCAGAUAUUCAAGACGGAUAUCCUCUCAAUCAUCUGCACCCUGUGUGGAGACAUCAGAGUCCGAGUCUUCUACGGUCCUAGAGAACUCAAUUCGCAAAAGGAGAGGGAGGAAGCCUCGAGCAUUUGUGCAGAGUCCUCCUACUCUUGAAUCGAAGGAGGAAAGACUGGAUAUGGAAGAAGCUGUUUCUCAAAAGUUAGAGAAAAAAAACAGUUUAGAAGAAUCAUCAGAGACACAAAGUUUAAAGGAAUCAGAGCAGGUGAUGGGAAGCAAGACUGAGCCAAAUAAGGAAGACUCUGAGUCCCCAAUGGUGACUGAGACUCUGAAAACUGAAGCUCUAAAAAUGGAUGAAAGAAAAGACACAAACCAGUGGAACAAGUCACUGGGAAGUACUGAUCAAAGUGACUUGAACAAUAAAAAAGAUUCUUCUCAAGAAGUAGGGGUGCUUGAAUCUGCUGGGCCCGGAAACGCAUCAACACAGGAGACUUGUAUGUCGACUGAGGAGAAGCUGCAAGUCUCAGAGACCUCUGAGAAAAAAGCUGAAACUUUUUCUGAAACUGAAGAUAAAGUUAUAGAAAAACAGGUGGAUUUAAACUCAAACCAGCUAGAAUUUUCAGCUCCUCCGGAAGAGGAAUGUUUAAACGAAGAGCUUCAACAAAGCCAAAUGGAGUGUGCACAGAUCACCGCAGAGGAAGAACUUUCUGUCACAUGUCAUGUUUUAGAGUCUAGUGACAAGGAGGAAAUUCCUCUACAGGACAAUAAAGACUUUGAAACUGAGACAUCUGGGGACAAACACAAAAAGGCUCCUGACACUGAACCUUCAGGUGCUGUUGGACCUGACUGCAGCCCUGCAGUAUCUUCACAAGUUGCUUCCCAGGAAUCUCCAGUUAAACAGAAAGACAUAGAGGCUGCAACAGAACCAGAUGUUGGACAAAGCCCCACCAAUGGACGGAUGAAGGGCACAUGGUCACCUUCAGCUUCCCCUUCUACCAGUAUCCUCAAAAAAGGUCAGAAGAGGCCAAUAGAGGUGGAGAUGACCUCUCCUUUUGCCAAGUCCCGGCGUGUAUCUUUUGCUAACCCCAUCCAACAGCAAGAGACGGCUGAUGAUAUUGAUCGGCGCAGCCCAGCACUUAGAACCAGCUCUCCCAGAAGGUCCAAAGGCUGCAGCAUCCCACAACCUAAGCACGUCACAACUCCAACAAAAGGCUUGCUGAUCGGGAGCCCCAGAAAUCUGCACAGUCAAAGUUACAGGAGCUCCAAGAAGUGCCUGAUUUCUGAAAUGAGUCAGGAGCUUCGAGCAGUGCCCAGAGACUGCAUCUACCCCUCUCUGGUGGGCUGCUCUGCCCCUGUAGAGGCUGUUCUUUCUCAGAUAUCUUCCACCAUGUGGUCCCGAGGGUUCGGACAACUCAUUCGCGCUAGAAACGUCAAAUCAGUGGGUGACCUCUGUGCCCUGACUCCUUCUGAGAUCAAGACUCUUCCCAUUCGAUCUCCAAAGAUCUCUAAUGUCAAGAAGGCCCUGAAGAUCUAUGAACAGCAGCGCAAAGGGAGAGGAGGAGAUGAGCUGAAGAGUUUUGAUGAAACAGAGAGAAUGACCUCAGAGCUGGAGGAGACUUGUGGUCCUCACAACCACGACGAGGAGGAGAAGACCUCAGCAGAGACAUUGGCCACAGAGCUGGUGGACGAGCCGGUUUCUGCAGAUGUGAACAACUCUGCGACUCUGACACCAGAACAGCAGGAUGGAAAGCAGAGACCCGAGGAAGAGUUGCACCCUGCUGCAGAGUUGCCAGCAGCCGUGGAGGCUCUGACCUGCAGGAUGACGCCUCUAGAACUCAGAGGCUGCUCUCCGCAGCAGCUAGCGGAGAUGCAUGAGCAGCUGGGAGGCAUGAUGAGGGGCGUGGUGGUGGAGCUGCAGACACGUCUCUGCCGACAGAUGCACUGAGACAGAAGGUCUGAUGUCUUGAGGAAUUUGCAAUAGAAGAAUGAAUCUGAAGUUUUAUCAGCUGGCUUUUGUAGAUGGAGGAUCAGGGAUUUGAAAUCAGAUCAGUUGGGCUUUUUUCACAUCCUUAAUUGUUUUUCAUAGUUUAUUGUCUGGUAACUUCAGACCUUGGGUAGAUUCUAGAAUAAAUAAAAAAACCUUACACCUUUAUGCAGUCUCGUAUAUUAAAACUUGAACUUUAUCCUACUUUUGAAUUUUGUUCUGAAGAACUGAUGGAUGCUGUUCACGCCUUCAUCUCAUCUGUAAAUAUUGUGUUUUGCCCUCCAUUGGGCUGUUUUUAGGCUGCUUACAACUCACCUGUGGUGUUGUAUAUUCCGUCAACCAUCUUUUACAUUAUUUUUACCUUUUUGUUUUAACACUUUUUUAUUGUUAUAACAGACCUUACCCCACAGUGUGUGCUGUAGGCUUAAUUUGUGGUUUUAAAUUCCUAAUUAAAAUGAAUUUAAAGAC